AAAUGUCUUCUUCGACUUUUGCGGGCCUGUAAAACUUGUUAGAAAAUCUACGGCAGUGUAGAACAGGUUUACGGUCAAUAUCAUCAGAGAGGCACCGGAAUUAUUGCGAUUGCCGGGAAGCUGAUCGGGGAUCUCCGGAUCGGGAGAUCGGGGAAUCGCCGGUUGAUGUGGAAACUGCGGGUUGAAGAGCAAGUAGGCGGGCGCUGGUCCGGUCAGCAGUCUGUCUGCUGCUGAGUCACGGAGGCGGGGAGUACUUAACAACUGGAAAGUACAUGCCACGUGUGCAGGUCCUGCUCCUCGGUUCUUGCCUCGUCACACAACGUCCCCGAAGAAUGCAGGCCCGAUCUCCUUGCGCAGGCAGCAAUCGCCUGCCGCUGCAUCGUUCGCAGAUUCGCCGUGCUCGCCCAUGGCGAUCCGCUCGAUCAUUUUGCAACGCGAACAACUGACUCUCGAAGACCCGACCUCUCUGAAAUUCGUGCGAUCGCUGCUGCGCUCUCUGCAACGGGAAGCGCACGAGAGACACUCGCGGAGGACAGUCUCCACGGGAACGCAGAGUGGAAACGGAUGAUCGGAUGACUCUGUAUUGAUGGAAGGGAAGAUGGGAGUUCGAGCUUUGCAGAUUCUCAGAGCGAGAGCUUCUUUUGGCAGCGUGAAUUUCGCCCGGGGUUUCGCGGGGUCUGCAGAUCGAGAAGGAGCGGAGACCAGACUCUUCGCACCGUGCGAGCGCACGGUGCGAAGAGAUUCUCUGGCUCAGAGCGGAAGAAUUGUGGCUCCGGGCAUCCAUUCAAGGCGAUGGAACAGCAGUGUGGCAGCAUCGUCUACAGGGGCUGUUCUGGGACCGCUGAAGGGCAACAAGGCGGACGUUGCGAUCAUCGGCGGAGGAAUUGUCGGACUGGCGACUGCGCGGGAGAUCACCCAAAGGUUCCCCAAACUGUCCGUCGUUGUCUUGGAGAAGGAAAACGAUCUCGUGAGGCACCAAACAUCACACAACAGUGGAGUGAUUCAUGCAGGUAUAUACUACCAGCCGGGUACCGAAAUGGCCAGACUUUGCGUUGAUGGAGCUCGAAGAAUGUACAAAUAUUGCGAAAGAAAUGACCUUCCUCAUGAACGGGUGGGCAAGCUAAUAGUCGCCACACGGGAACGAGAGCUGCCAGUGUUGGAAGAUCUGCACCAAAGGGCGACUGCCAACGGUGUGCAAGGUCUUGAGCUGCUUAGCCCGAAGCAGAUCACCGACCUGGAGCCCAACGUCAGGGCUCUUCGAGCUCUUCAUUCUCCGAACACUGGCAUCGCAAACUAUGCCAGAAUUGCGUUAUCUUAUGCAGACGACUUUCUCAGAAACGGACGAGGACAGAUACGGACUGGAUUCAAUGCAAAAAAUGUAUCUGCAGACGAGGUUAAAGGUGUAGAAGUGCAGGCUAAAACCGGGGAGACAGUGAAGGCCAGAUGGCUGAUAACUUGCGCGGGGCUGCAAUCGGACUACGUGGGGAAAAUGGCUGGUGGUGCCAAGGGUCCUACGGUGCUUCCUUUCCGGGGCACUUAUCACGAGCUGAGACCAGAGUUCCGUAAUCUAAUCAAACGCAACAUUUACCCAGUGCCAGAUCCAGCAUUCCCUAUGGUGGGAGUCCAUUUGACACCACGAACGGAUGGACGAGUUCUGAUUGGUCCUAAUUCUGCGCUAGCUCUGGCAAAAGAAGGUUACAAAUUCUGGCACGUCAAUUUGAAAGAUGCCAUUACGUUUGGAUUGAACAGAGGACUUUGGAAGCUUGUCCUCGGAAAUCCAGGUAUUGUCUUUCAAGAGAUCUGGCGAGAUAUCAACACCAAAGCCUUCGUUAGAGAAGCACAAAGAUAUUGUCCCAAGUUGCAGGUGGAACACACAACAACGGGGUGGGCUGGAGUGCAUGCUGUGGCUAUAGAUGACAGCGGGCAAAUCGUCGGAAACUUUCUAUUCGAAAGCUUGAGCUCUGGAGUAGUCCUGAAUGUUCGAAAUGCUCCCUCUCCUGCAUGCACUUCGUCUUUGGCCAUUGCCACAACGGUUGUUGACAGAGCUGCGAAGGAUUUCGCUUGGAAGGGUGACCAGGGCACUAUAGAUUGAAAUACCCCGAAAAUAUUCUAACAACCGUAUGCAAGUUUUGCCCUACGAUGUUUUAUGUCAAACAACAACACGAAUCCGUGUCGAUGAUUAUUCAAUGGUCUAGGUACUUCGUGUCAUGAACUUCCCUCAAAAUCAAAUUUCCUCGAGUGUCUAUGAGGACGAUUUUAUUCUGGGUCAAAGUGGUCCUUAUACCAAGAUUCCUUAUUCCUGGGUAGCGCAUCUCAAGUUGAAAGAAAAAAUAUCUCCCUAAGUGUCACACCCAUUGUACAGAUACCUCGGGUAAUAAAAAUGUUCAAAAUGCCGAAAGCAGUCUUUACCUACAGUUUACUUUGGAUAUUCAAGAAGCUGUACAUAAAAAUGUUUUAGAUCGGAAAAUACCAUAUAAAGAAACGUCGAUUCUUU